CGGAGAUGCGGGUAUGGGAGGGGAGGGGGGCGCGCAACCGGAGCUCACGUUCAUUAACGACCACCGAUAACCGGGAAUCUUCCUCCGGCAGCAUCACAGCGACACGCAGCCGGGAAAGAUGGUCGCAGUGCAGACGUCCCUGAAUUCGUCUCCAUCGGCGGAGUGGAUCUGUUGUCUGGAUAAAAGGCCCUCCGAGCGUUCAGGAGAGGAUGUGGACAUCAUACUGACGAGACUGAGAGGAGUCAAAACGUUCCAGAGGUUUCCACCUCCACUCCUGCUCCAGAUCUGUACCUGCGCCUUUUAUGAAUGCCUGGAGAAAGGCAUUACAUUGUUUCGACAAGGAGACAUAGGCACUAGCUGGUAUGCUGUUCUGUCUGGCUCCCUGGAUGUCAAAGUGUCAGAAACGGCUAAUCAUCAGGAUGCAGUCACGAUCUGCACUCUGGGGAUUGGGACGGCCUUCGGGGAGUCCAUCCUGGACAACACGCCUCGCCACGCUACCAUUGUCAGCAGAGAGACCAGCGAGCUUCUCCGGAUCGAACAGAGGGAAUUCAAAACCUUGUGGGAGAAGUAUCGUCAGAGCCUGGCUGGAUUGUUGGCCCCACCUUAUGGAGCCAUGGAGAGUGGAUCCAACAACGACAGACUGACAGACAAAGACAAUAUGAACUCAGACUCUGGACACAAGGCUCAUAACAAGGUUCCCUCAGAGAAGCUGCAGAGAGCAGGGAAGGUGCUACGUAACGCCAUCCUGUCCAGAGCGCCACACAUGAUUCGCGACAGAAAAUAUCACCUCAAAACAUACAGACAAUGCUGCGUAGGGACGGAGCUGGUGGACUGGUUAGUGAUGCAGAGUGCCUGUGUGCUCACACGCUCCCAUGCUGUUGGGAUGUGGCAGGCGCUGUUAGAAGAAGGAGUGCUUAAUCAUGUGGACCAGGAACUGGGCUUCCACGACAAGUACCUGUUCUAUCGAUUCCUUGAUGACGAGGAGGAGGACACACCGCUGCCCAGUGAAGAAGAGAAGAGAGAGAGUGAGGAAGAGCUGCCGGAGACCAUCCUGUUUCUGGCUCAGAUCGGCCCAGACGCUCUGCUGCGCAUGAUCUUAAGGAAGCCGCCAGGGCAGAGGACAGCAGAUGACCUGGAGAUCAUCUACGAUGAGCUGCUUCACAUCAAGGCCUUAUCUCACCUCUCCAACACUGUGAAGAGGGAACUGGCAAGCGUUGUGAUUUUUGAAUCACAUGCAAAAGCUGGAACUGUGUUGUUCAACCAAGGAGAGGAGGGCACCUCUUGGUACAUCAUUCAGAAGGGCUCUGUAAACGUGGUCAUCUAUGGCAAGGGAGUGGUGUGCACACUCCAUGAGGGGGAUGACUUUGGCAAGCUAGCCCUGGUUACAGAUUCACCUCGCGCUGCCUCCAUCGUCCUGAGAGAGGACAACUGCCACUUCCUCCGUGUGGAUAAGGAGGACUUCAACAGGAUACUCAGGGAUGUGGAAGCCAACACAGUGCGUUUGAAAGAGCAUGAACAAGCUGUGCUGGUUUUAGAAAAAAGCCACAGGGUGUCCACGUUGGGAAGCAUCAAAUACACUGUGAUAUCAGGAACACCAGAGAAGAUUCUUGAGCACUUCCUGGAGACUAUGAGACUGGACAUUCAUCACAACGAACCAGACCCAGCGGUGGAUGAUUUUGUUCUCAUGCACUGUGUCUUCAUGCCAAACAGCCAGCUAUGCCCUCUACUAAUGGCACACUACCAUGUGGUCUCUCCACCGGGCUCUGAACAGGAGAGGCUGGAGUACACACUCAACAAUAAAAGGAGGGCCCUCAUUCUGACCCUGCGCUGGGCGAACACACACACCUACCUGCUACAGGAGGAGCCUGCUGCAAUCUCUUUCCUGGAGGAGCUGUAUGGAAGUGUGUCCAAUGAUUCUCGGACACUGAGAGGUCUCAAAGACUUGGUGCCUGACCUGGAGAAAGUGGUGAAGUUACACUCAGAGGAAGUCAAAUCAACUAAAAAGAAGACCCUGAUUCGACAGUUCAGCAAUGGGGAGGAACGGCUGCAGAAGAAACAGCCAAUUAGGAAUCAAGAUGACAUCCUCUUGAAGGUCUACUGCAGUGACCACACCUACACUACUAUCAGGAUUCCAGUGGUGGCGUCCGGGAAGGAGGUCAUCAGCGCUGUGUCGGACAAACUUGGCACCACUGAGGAGCUGCUGCUGGUCCACCUCAGCUCUGCUGGCGAAAAGCAGAUGUUGAAACCUAAUGACGUGUCAGUGUUUUCUACGUUGAGCAUAAACGGUCGUCUGUUUGCCUGUCCUCGAGAGCAGCUCGGCAGUCUGGCUCCUCUUCCGGACCAGGAAGGCCCGUCUGCUGGGUCCAUGUCAACCUUUGAGUUGAUGAGCUCCAAGGACUUGGCCUAUCAGAUGACCAUGUUCGACUGGGAGCUGUUCAGCUGCGUUCAUGAGCAUGAGCUGCUCUACCACACGUUUGGACGCCAUAGCUUCAGAAGAACCACAGCUAAUCUGGACUUGUUCCUGAGGAGAUUCAACCAGGUUCAGCUGUGGGUGGUCACUGAGGUCUGCCUCUGCACUCAGCUCAGCAAGAGAGUGCAGCUUCUUAAGAAAUUCAUCAAGAUAGCUGCACACUGUCGAGAAUUUAAGAACCUCAAUUCAUUCUUUGCCAUCAUUAUGGGGAUGAGCAACCCUGCUGUCAGCAGGCUGAGCCAGACAUGGGAGAAACUCCCCACCAAGUUUAAGAAGUUUUAUGCUGAGUUUGAGAGCAUGAUGGACCCGUCGAGAAACCACCGAUCUUACAGACUUACUGUUACCAAGCUGGAGCCACCAAUCAUCCCCUUCAUGCCGCUGCUUCUCAAAGAUAUGACUUUUACACAUGAGGGCAACAAGACUUUUAUUGACAAUAUGGUCAAUUUUGAGAAAAUGCGUAUUAUAGCAAACACAAUUCGACAAGUGAGACACUGUCGAAGCCAACCAUUCAAUCCCGACAUAUGCCAGCCAAACAAGAAUCAGGCGGAGGUGCGGGGCUACGUUAGGAAACUCUGUGUGAUCGACAACCAGAGGGCUCUAACGCAGCUCUCCUACAGGCUGGAGCCCCGGCGGACAUGAGCCGCAAACCCUCCACCGCCAACGCCUUCGCUCCGUGACAUUAGCAUAAAGUACACAAACGCAUCACCUGUUUGACACAACUCAACAAGUGGACUUGUAGUAGCAAAUCACAGCAGUGAUUCCUAGAACUAUGAUGGGCUACCGUGGCUCAAGGACUCAUACUGUGCCGUAAAACGCCUCCUGCUGCUGGACUGAAGGAAACCGUUUCAGCUGCUCUCCCGUUGCUCUGUCUUAAACCCUUGACCGGUUGUUUAUAUCGUGCCAGUUAGUACUGUUUUACAGACCUGCUAGAUAGAUCUGUGGUGUAUAGAACGUGAAUCAAAUAUCCUGCAUGGUUGAACUUCAUAGGCUUUGUGUUCUAUACAGUGGACUUCUAUCAGAGUGUCCUGUAUUGUUGUGUUAAACCCAGAGGAAGCAGAGUUUACAAUGAAAGACUACCUGCCUGUUGAACCAACUUCCCACUUACCGAUGUUAGUGUUUUAGACUUUUAAAAAAAUAUCCUAAUAUAUACAGACAUCUGAAAGUACAUAUUUCCCUAAUAAUCUAAAUUAUUCUAAUCAAAGUAUUUAAAAUCUGUAGGAUUAUACAUGUCAUAUUUAAAAUGAUUUAACAGAGUAGUAGUUUGAUCAGAGCCCUGAAGGUGUCACAAAAUGUUUAAAAGGGACACUAAAGUAUUACAUUUUAAGUCAAAGAGAUAAGAAGCAGUAUCUCUUGGAAAAUGCAAUUGCCCGAUUGGAUCUAUAAAUCUGUUGUGAUUUUUAGUUGACCUUUUAAAGGGAACCCCAGUCUUAUUAGUCAGUCUGUUCAGUCUGUGUGGUUUUACUUUUGUACUUGUACAUUCGGAGUGCGUGCCGUCCCAUUUUUUGUUUGAUCUCAGGAUCUUUUGCUGUGAUGAUGUGUUGAGAAAUUCUGUAGCUUUUUCCCAAAAAAGCUGCCUGUAAGAUGUAUUGUAUGUGUAGUCUGCUUUGUAAAUAAAAAACAUUGCAAAUUUA